AUGGCAACCCCCAGUUCCGCUGGCGACAACCCUCCCAACCACCGAACCUCCUCUACUUCGGGCGGCGCCAGCGCAGUUCCCACCCCAGCCAACAACUCUGGUGGUGGUCGUGGAUGGGGCGACAAGGGAUUCUUCAAGGGCGGGUCUGAGGGACCUGGCCAUGUUGCCGUAAGUGACAUGGACAAGCCCAAGUCAACAAUGGGCGAUUUCCUCGGCCUCUCGUCGCAAAAGGGCGCCGCGAGUGACCACUUUCACACGCGAGUCGAGGGUGCGUCUGAGAUGGGAGAUCGGGGAUCGUGCCAGACUGAGGACCAUAGCUUCAUGGAACAUCGGCCUGCAUGUCCGAAGACGUUGCCCGGGUGGUCGAAGACGAAGGAGGUUCUCAACACGUAA